CGUAUUCUUGACAGAUAUAGAACUAUUCUAAGACGAUGUCACCUGGUAAAUUAGCACUCCUCCUGAUUGUGUUUGCAAUAGCUUUAUCUGUACAGCCAGUUAUUGUUAAUGGAAUGUGUACCGAUAAGGAGAAGAAAGACAUCCUGCAGCAUUGUGAAGAUUACCUCAAGCAUGGAGCUCCCAUCCCAUCCUUACAUGGUCCCUGUUGCGCAGCAGCGUUAGAGGUGCCCGUCCUGGACAUGCAAUGCAUCGUCGAUCUACUUACAGCAAAAGAGAAGAGCGAAUACAAGGAAGCAAAUAUCUUGCAGCUCAAACAUCUCUGCUAUCCUUUGUCUUCAGAGCCUCCUACUAAUCAGGUCAUGCAUGGUCUAAAAGGAAGCGGAGCCAUGCAUCACUGAUGGAGACAUUGGAGAGCAUGAGUUUGAAUGAGAUGGAUAGAUAUAACAAAGCUUUAAGCAAGUGUGAUGUUGUGGUAUGUGUCGUUGAUUAAGAGAAAACCGGCUUGAUAAAUA